UUUCAAUCUUUAAAAAAUAUUAAAAUACAUGAAACAUGAGUUGUCAAAAAGGAAAUACUAGUCGAUCAAGGUCUCAGAAAUAUCAGAAUCAUACAGCUUUCAAAAAUAAUUUGCAUGAUAACUCUAAGAAAAUAAAGUUUAUUAAUAAUAUUGAAGUCGCCAAUGUUUGUGAACGCUGUAAAAAGAUAAUAGAAUGGAAGAUCAAGUAUAAGAAAUACAAAGCACUUAAAGCUCCAGUAAAAUGCAUAAAGUGUGAACAAAAAGCUGUGAAACACUCUUAUCAUAAUAUCUGCUUACCUUGUGCCAAGCAGAACGAAAUUUGCCCAAAAUGUGGAAAGAAGAAAGAAAUUGUAGAAGGAAAACCUAGUAAAGAAGAACAAAUUAAAUUGGAUGAAGAAUUUAAAAUAAUUUUAAAAACAAUGUCAGAGAGAAAACGAAGAACAUUUUUACGUUACAUGAAUCAACAAUUGACAAAAAACACAAAAAAUAAUAAUAAACAACAUAUGUCUGGAUUAGAUAUAGAUACAAAUGGAGAUGAUAGAGAAAAUAAAAGUGAGGAUAAAAUAGAUCUCAAAAGAAGAGAAGAUUUACUAACAAAACUGAAAUCAUUAGCUUUUACAGAAGAGGAAAAUGAUUUUGAUAGUGAUAGUGAUAUUGAAAGUGAAGAUAAUAGUUCUAAUAAUGAUAUCGAUUGA